AGGAAUGACCUGCUGAAAUCAUUUUUCUAAAUUUUUUACGUAAAUUACAAUUCUGUUAUUGGUUUGGUAUGUUAGUUGAUUUUUUGUUCCCCUACAACCCUCURAAAAGAGGUGAUUAAGGCCCSUAUGGGSCCCUGCUGGAAGRCUAUUGUUCUCGUGGAUUCCCAUCCCACGAUUUYGCCACGCAACGGAACGCCGAACGCAUCCGCAARCGACGCUCCUCUUCCCGYGAGGGUCUCCGUGUGCACACUCCGAACCACAGAUCCGUGUCCUUCACUAGCAUCAUUUCGUGCCUCUGUGUUGUUUGCGUUGUCUUCAUUUGCAUUGCGUUGCGUUCCGCGGAGCCCAGCCCCCCGGUGCUACGCCAGGAGGGACUGCAGGAGGGCGGGGUGGCCGGAUCCAGCAGGGAGAGAGGAGGGGGCGACCGCCCGGACGGGCUUGGAGAACUCCGUCUUGCUCACAUCCACCUCCCCGUCGGCGCCGAUCUCGUAGACGUAGCACACUAGCUUGGCGCCCUGGACCGCCAGCAGGACAAAGGACGGRGMCGCGUCCGGGGUCGUCGCCGAGCAGGCCCCGGUGAUGGAUCCCUGGUAAAUGGGUGGAUUUUGAUAGAUA